AUGGGCGACAGAACCGUCUCUCCAGAAGUAAUCUCCAAGAUCGUCGCCAAGGAGAAGAAGCUCACGGGUGAGAGCCGACCUGUGGCUGAUGGUCCCACGGCUCAAGCACAAAAGCACGCCGACGAGCCCAUCACAGGCCAAGUCAUCUCUGACAUCACUCAGGGCGAGAAGCACGUCACUAGCCGCGAUGUGCCCGUCCACGGUGGUCCCGCAGCUCUUGCUCAGAGCAUCGUAACAUCCAAAACCAACCCCGUAUCCUCGCACACGGGACGUCUAGACCCGAACCUCAUCUCCGCGAUCUCAUCCGCGGAGGCGGUGAUCACAGGCAAAUCGGAGCCCGUGAAAGGUGGUCCCACAGCACAGGCACAGCGCCAUGCCGGCGAACCCAUCAACGCCCAGGCCCUGCACGACAUCACCGAAGGCGAGAAGCUGAUUACCGGCGGCGCUCGUGUCAAGGGAGGACCAACAGCAACAGCUCAGAGUGAGCUCAGCAAAAGUCAGGACCAGAACCGAUCUUAA